CAGCCUAUCUCCUAGCGCCUCUGUUCAUUUUAAGCAGCGAUUCUAUCUUGCAUCUCAUAGCAACGGUCUGUGAAUGGGUUUUAAUUAGAUUGUUCUUGUUCUAGCUUCUCUUUGGUAUUCUGAAGUGAUCUUACAAACAUGGGGUAGAAUAUUCAAGGUUUUUAGAAAUUAUAUUUAAUAUUUUAUCAUGGACUUUCAAAUUUUUUCACUAUGGGGUGUCCCUCGACGGACACGGAAGCGUCGCUGGUUAUACAAAGAUUAAGUAAUCUUCCGGCGUCCUCAUUACAGAGACUAAUUGCUGUGGUCAAGCAAUUAGACUCUUUUGUGAUUGGAAGUGCGUUGCAUAGGAUUAACUGUGUGGAUUUGAAUAUUAGCAGAAAAUUAAUCGAAGUUCUCAAACCGAUUUUUCGGAUUGCCCAACUCGAUUGAUUUUUGAUUUUGUAUUGUAUUCUAAGUCCGAUUGUCCUUACUAUGUUAGAAAGAAUCAAAGAUCCGCCAACAAUGUUAGUUUUUGGAUUAUUUGAGGGGGACCGCGUGUCCCUCGACGUUCCCAUCGGGGCGACCGUUGGGGAGGUCAAAAAGAUGUUUCAGACUAAACUUAAUAUUUAUAUAGACGAAAUGAACCGAAAGGAUACGAAGAUACUUGUUCUUCACUACAGUGGUGCCGACUUGGAAGAGAGCUGGUGCUUCACCGAUCUCGGUAUUCCAGCUGGAGCCACCAUCAGGGUGCUCCUCAAGGAGGAAAUCAAACCGGCUCUGUACAUAUUCACCACUUACAACCAAGAAACCAUCGACAUCGUGGAUAAAAAUCUCAAUGUGCUCACUAUGCUUGUAGACGAUUUGCGUACGAUUGCCGGAAAUAGGUCCGGCUUACCAGUUUCGAUUUUUCGCUUGGUGACAGAGGAUGGGAAGGAACUGUACGAUGGUCACGUGCUCUAUGAUUACGGAAUUGAUAGUGGCUCCACAAUCCGUCUAGAGAACUGGGAUGGAUGGAACGAAUUCAUUAAUUUGUGUAUUAUGGGAUUCACCCCACAAGUUUUAGCCCAGAUUUCGACAGAUGAAGUAAUCGGUCGGUUUCAACAGAAAGUUGCACUCUUCAUCGCAGCACAUUACGGAUGCGCAGAUCUUGCUCGAGUGCUGAUAAAGCAAGGUGUUAGAGCAGAUGAACCUAUUGGAGUGCAUCCUCAUAAAUUAUGGUGCACGAGCCAGGCCCACAUCGAGACCAAGAAAGCCCCGAUCCACGAGGCAACGGAGCAAGGUCAACUCAAUGUGCUAAGGUUGAUUGUUAAUCACGAUAUAACUUCAGUCAUGGCCCGGGAUGGACACGACCUGUGUGCACUUAACAUUGCUUUGCGUAGAAGCAAGAAGCCAUGCGCAUCGUUCCUUUUGACCAGACAGUGGACGAAAGUCCCGAUUGGAAAACUUGGAUCUGUAACUGUCCAGACUCUCAGAAGCAUACGACUGUGGUGUGAGGGUGCCAAAGACAGAGCAUACUCAAAAUUUGGUCCAAACAAAUCGUCAUUGAAGAAAAUGAAAUAUUCCGGAGGUCCAUUGGUGAGUCAUGGCGAACCUGUGGUUGAUGGCUUUACCAAAAGUCCCAUGACAGGUAAACCCCGGGCAGAUACUAGAGAAAAGGACAAAAAGAAAGCAUUGGAGACGUUCUAUGAAGUCUAUGGACUGAAGAAAGAGGAUCCCGAGGUGUAUUUUAGAAACAUGGGAGCCUUGGAAAAUUUCAAAAGUCUUAAGCUUAGGAGAAAUACCAAAUGGGGAAAUGUUUUUGAUAAGUCGGAGAUGGCUUCUUCGUUCUCAAAAGGAUUAUUUGGUCAUCCAGAGCAAAGUGAAAGUGACUCGUCCGAGAGAGAAAUGAAAGCUGUGCCUCGUGUUCCGAAAGCCUCUUCUAUGAAACAGAACACAAUGCUAACAGAAAACACUGUCGAUUCGUCAGUUAUGAUGGGGAAGCUGUUGAGAGGAGGGACACAGACAACAGCUAACGAAUCCACAGGUACGGAAAAUUAUAUUUCGCUUCCACCUAUGAAAGUUAAUAUUCCGGUGAUAUCUGAAAAUGCUCAAGAGCCAGAGGUCAAAAUGAAGAAAAAUGCAGCUAAACCAGCCUUUUCUAGUAGAGGACUACGUAAAGUUAAGUCAGAUAUGCACGACCACGAGGGUCCUAUCGCAGAGGAGGACCACAUAUCAAAGCUUCCAACGGAGGAACGGUUGAAGCAAACGUCGAAAUUACCGCCAAUAGUUAUGAACCGCAAUAGAAAAAUUAGUGAAAAUGCUGCAGACGACUCUGAUAGAGAAUCGUACAUUGAACAGAAAGAAAAGACAAAAGACUCCAAACAAAAAUUCUUCCAAACUCCCAAAUUGCAUACCUCUUUACCGGACCUGAAUUCUUUAGAGAAAACAAAAACAUCGAUGAUAGACGAGCCACCAUCUUCACCCACAGAAACCAACAAAACCGACAAAAAGAAUCGUAAACGCAAGCGCAUCACUUCCGCAGCCCUAAUCUCUCAGGCGAAGGCGGCCGAGGGGGCGGUUCCUCUGCCUAUGAUUAGCCAAGAGAAUCAGAGUAGGCCUUUCUUCUAUCAUAAUGGUCUAAGAGAAGAGGAUGUCGUCAAUCCCAUGAUGGAUCUGGUGACCAAACAUCAAGGGUGUACAGCAAGGGACCGCGCCAUUAAAUCACUAACUAUAGCCAACAGCUUCAAGGAGAAGCCGUGGUUAACCCAGGUCCGCAUGGCACUGUCUCUCACUUCUCAAUCCAUCAAAAGACCACUCAAAGGAACAAGUCUUCGACGGAAGCUGUUAAAACAGGCCCAGUUUGACUGACAUGCUUGAUGUGUUUAAUUUUAAUUUACUCAGCAAGACUUUUUUUUACAAUGUUUUUAAACCCAUGUGUCAUAUAGGAAGUACUAGUAGUGACAUCAUAUAUAACAAAUAAAUUAAACACAUCAUCUAAGUUAAUGUUACAACCAAUCAUUUUGUGCCAAAUGAUUUAUUCAUUAAACCUUAAUUAUUUAA